AUGUCUGACUCUGAAGACGCUUCUCCUCCCGGAGAGCCGGUGGCCGACAUCGAGAACGCGGCUCCCGUCAUAGAACACGAUGACGAGGCCGAUGUCCCUCAGCUCGAGCAGCAGGAGGUAGCGGAGGACGCAAGCUCUGCCAAUGCGGACGAGAAGGAAAAUCAUGCCAUAGAUGCCAGGCAGCUGUAUGGGCGUGCUCAGAAUGGAGAUAGAUCUGAACUCACAUCGGCAGAUGCGAGCUCUAUUGAUGCGAUCCCGCGGAGAGCCGGGAGCCCCAUGGAAUCCGUCACCUCUGCGCCGGGGGAUUCUCCAUCCGUCCAGGGAUCACAUCUAUCCUCCCCAAGCAGCAGUGUCUUGCCGUCGUUUGCUUCCCGUCCCGGCUUUGGCAGCCCCACGCCGUCCUUCCGACCGUUUGACCGACGCUUCCAAUCCCGGAUAGCAUCCUUCAACACGCUCAGUCCUCGCCCAACGUCUCCCGCAUACGUACCGAACCACAGCCGUCAUGCCUCAUACAACUCCAACUUCCCGUCAGAUCAGCCCGAUACUGACACACCGUCGCCCCCGUGGGAGGUUGUGCGGUGGACGAGACUGAAAAAGCUCAACAGCUAUGCGUUCUCGGAAUCAGGGAGGCGUAAUUUCGGGUCCCCUACGUGUCUUGCCGUGUCCGCUUCGAUCAUUUUGGGAACCUCUAAAGGUAUAAUCUUAAUAUUCGACUAUAAUCAGAAUCUGAAAACCAUCAUUGGCCCUGGAACCAAAGCCGUGGAAUCUGGGCCCAUCACCGCCCUUGCUAUCUCGGCGGAUCAUGCAGUUAUAGCUGGCGGCCAUGCGAGUGGGAAUAUCUUCACCUGGGACACUGGACGACCGUCGCGGCCCUUCCUCACAAUCCCACAUUUGGACGGGGCACAGGUGCAGAGUAGGACUGUUGAUGGCCACAUGCCAGAUGCGUCUGUCGUCCAUUUAGGGUUUCUGGGGACUCGCCACACGGCUCUUGUGUCUGCGGACAAUCAUGGCAUGGCAUUCUCUCAUCUUGCCACCAGGGGCACGGGGCCACUAGGGAGGACGGUCAAGACGACGAGGAUACUGGGCCGGUAUCCCAACGCGCCCAUGCUACCGGGUAAAACUAUCAAGCCCAGCGCUGUCCUGGCCUUUUCGCCUCUGCCGCUGGGAAACAUUGAGCGGGAGACUGACAAGAUGGGACUGACGGCCAUGCUGACCCCCUAUUUGCUGGUCAUUGUGUCGACGACUCCGGUGGCUCAGACGCAGCACAAGUCGGCACGCCCCAAGGAUGUCCCGGCUCAUAGCGCCAUGACCGGCUGCCUGGCUUGGUUUCCUGCCGUGAGCCUCAAGGUUGCGGACGCACACACCGGCUCGACCCUCUCCAAAGCGAAGCUGGUGUACUGUUGGUCUAACGUGCUGACGGUACUCGACGUGGAUGAGAUUCCGGGAGAGGACAGUGAUCCGCCGUCGCUGAGAUUCAAGGCUCGGAGUAGGUGGAAAUGUGAGGAGGCUAUCGUCGCGGUACAGUGGCUCAGCCGUUCUGUACUGACAGUCUUGACAAUCUCCCAAAGACUGAUUGUCCUAGAGGACAGGACGAUGCGUAUGACGGAAGCCUUCGACCUACUGGAGAGAUACAUUUACCACACUGACCUGUUCUCUCAUCAGCUGCAUAGCCUCGUGGAAAAUCUAGACGAAGAUGACGUCUCAAUGCAUGGGGUCGUAGCCGACGCGUUUUACAUGAGCUUCAAGGCAUACAAAGGGAGAAUGUUCCUUUUGGGUUUCAACGAUGUGUCGAUAGGGGCAUUGUCGAACUGGGCAGAUCGGCUGAUUGCCACGAUGGAGCAUGGUGACUACAUAGGGGCCAUCCAGCUGGCUACAUCGUACUACACCGGUGACGCCAAUAAACUGACAGUCGGCCUCCCUGACGACACUGAGCAGAGGCACAACAUGGUCCGCGACAAGAUCAUGGAGAUCACUAGUGCCUCCUUAAAGUACGCUUUUGCGCAACGACAGAAGAGCAGGGCGUCCGUGGACGAUGACCAUCUGAAGCAGCUUGCCGAAACUUGCUUUGUGGCCUGCCAGACCAUCGGCAACACCGAUUAUCUGUUUGAGGAGCUGUAUGAGUGGUACAGCGAUGCGGAUGCCGAGGGCAUAUUCCUCGAGACCCUCGAGCCAUUCGUCCUCGAUCAAAGCAUUCGAAGCGUUCCGCCCACGGUGGUGAAGGAUAUGGUCAACUACUAUGUUACCAAAGGCUGGGAGAGCAGGCUCGAAGAGCUCAUCUGCCAUAUGGAGACGGCGACUCUGGACCUGGAUCAGCUCACCAUCCUCUGCAAGCAGCACAACUUGUAUGAUGCGCUGACCUACGUCUGGAACCAAGCUCUCCAGGACUACAUCACUCCAAUGAUUGACCUGCUUAGCCUUCUGGUUCCGUUGAUGUCGAAUGGGAGCUCCAUCGCUGGUAACACAAGCGACGAUUACUACGGUGUCAACGCCGUCAAGAUAUUUCCCUACCUUUCUUACAUCCUGACGGGGCGCGUUUACCCGAGCGGCGAAGCCAUGGAUGAGCAGACGGCGAACAAGGCCAAAGCCGAGGUCUAUUGGUUCUUCUUUUCUGGAAAGACGAUUUCGUGGCCCAAGGGCAGCGGUAAAGCGUUUCUCACAAGAGCCGAUGGAGGGCCUGAGCCAGCAUAUCCCUAUCUGCGGAUGAUUCUGAAGUUCGAUGCUCCUAGUUUCCUCAGCGCUCUCAACGAAGCUUUUGAAGAUUCCUUCCUAAAUGACGCUUCAGAUGAUCGUCCGAAGGGCACUGGCUCUAAAGCGGACAUGCCUGAAGAGCAGAUCUUUGGCAUGACUAUCAACCGGCAAUAUGUUCUGUCCAUUUUGCUGGAUGUGAUGAACCCGUCAGAGUUUGCACCGGCGGAUACAAUCUAUCUCGACAUGUUCAUCGCUCGGAAUCUUCCCAAAUUCCCGCAGUAUCUGCUUUUCCCGGGCUCAACCUUGUCAAACGUCCUCACGGGGCUCUGCAAUUACCCCGGCCCCGAUCUCGCCGAGGACGCGCAAUUGAGCGCCGAGUAUCUUUUAUCAGUCUAUCAUCCCUCGGAUAUGCCUGCAUUGAUGCCGCUGUUCAAGCAAGCCGGCUUCUAUCGGAUCUUGAAACGAAUAUACAGAGCCGACAAAGAGUAUGGAAAGCUUGUGGAAACGUUCUUCGAAGAUCCGGAAGAUCAGGAUUUGGUGUUUGAAUGUAUCGCAGAGUGCCUGCGACCCCAGAGCGGGCUGAAUCGACGACAGGAACAGGAAGUCUUGGCCGUUAUCGAGAAACACGCCAGAGACCUGCUCGAACUGAGUCCUGAACGUACGGCGUCGACUCUUGCUCUACAGAGAUCCGAACUGCAUCAGCACGUCCUUGAUACCGCGGAUGAUGCCCCUGAGCUGCAGCAUGCUUACCUGAAGGCAUUGCUAGAGCCAGAGAAUCCAUUGGCUGAUGGGCAGCACACGCACGAGCGGCUUCUCGUUGAGCGAUAUGUGCGGCUGAUGUGCAAGUUUGACGCACAACAUGUGUCAAGUUACAUCGGUCUCGUCCAGUCAGUGGAUCUUCAACUAGACAGUCUGCUGCCUACCAUGGAGGAAACAGGCGUGGUGGAUGCCGCUGUUGUACUCAUGGCCAAUGCCGGACAAGUCACCGACGCUAUGGAUCGACUGGUCCAGCACCUCGGCACACUCGAGUCUGCCAUGGAAGGUCUCUUGCGGUCUACGGAUGCACAUAACGGAGAAGAAGGAGCAGACAGCGGCUCGCUGUCGCUGGAACCGUCAGCUGAAGCUCUUCUCGAAAGCCUGCAGAAUUAUGUUCAUGUCGGGAUAUGGCUUUGCCAAGAGCAGACCAAAUCUACAAGGAGAGUUAGUGUUGUAUCAAGGAGCAAAUCAUCUCAGGAGAACCUAUCCACUGAUGAGAGUCUCUGGUUGAGUCUCAUCGGUGCUUGCGUACGAGUCACGCAGAGUCUGUCUCCACUGCUACAUGCGGCUGCAAGCGAGCAUGUGCUUGACGAAGAGAAGCUUUUGGCGAAGCUGCGAUCACUUGUACAGCAUACUUUUACCUCACUUCUUGUUUCCACCUCAAGCCAAGCUUCCACCCCAGCAAACGACCAAACAAGUCCCAAAGCUUUGGCAAGCCCGGGGUCUAACCUCUCGUUCCUACGAGUAUUGAGGGCGUUCCUGACAAAUGCAGCGGCGUCGUCUCCAAGCUUGGCAGAUCUCCGCCACGUGCUUGCGUCCAUAUUCUCGGCUUACGCAUACGAGGAGUCGAUUCUUCGCCUGUCGAACCGCCUCUUGGAACGCAGCUUGUUUACAAGCGUUAACACAUCCGUUGAACUUCGACAGCGUGGAUGGAGGCCACGCGGCUCUACGUGCGAGGCCUGUGGCAAAAGAGUCUGGGGCCCAGGUCUUGCCGGUGCUACCAUCUUUGAGGCUUGGGAAGACAAGCAAGCCGCUGAAGAGGUGGCCCGGAAGCAGAGGCAGAUCCAGGCUGCGGAGCGGGCCAAGGGCCAUGCCAGAGUGUCGGAUCGUCGGAGCAAGGGCAAGAGUCUGGACACACGCCCAUCGAGCAUGCUCAUUGAGCAACUCGCCGGAAAGUCCAACAAGGACCAGGUUCUGGGGCCGCUCGUCGUAUUGGCCUGCCGGCACAUCUAUCACCAGACGUGCCUGGAUGCCUUGCAGGAGAAGCAGGAGAAUGGUGUCUUGCCUCGAGAACUCGAUUACAACAUACAAUAUUCCCUGUCGGCUUCAUCCGCCAUGUCUGGCUCCGACGAGGACGGAUUCGACGGCGAGUACAUCUCGGACAAUCAAUCGUCGGGCUCCUCAGACCAGGAAUCGCCGCCGCUGCCUCUCUCGCAGAACUACUUCGCGCCGCCCUUCUACGGCCGCCCGCCCACGCCUCUGCCCCCUUCGCCGUCCCUGACCUCGCUGCUGCGGCCGUCCCGUCCGACGACGCCCGAUGCCUCCGACGACGACAUCGCGCCCGUGCCGCGGACGGCGCCCAAGGUGCCGACAUACGAGUACUACGGCUUCGUGCUGUACCUGUUCAGCAGCCUCAUCUUCCUCAUGUACCUGCUGUGGAGCUACCUCCCGUCGCCGUUCCUGCACGCGCUGGGCAUCUACUACUACCCGGAUCGGUGGUGGGCGCUGGCGGUGCCGGCGUUCUUGGUGAUGACGCUGGUGUACAUUUACGUGGCGCUGGCGGCGUACAACCUGGAGAUUCUGACGGUGCCGCUGAACAGCGUGGAAACGAUUGUGGACGGGGCGGGGAAGCUGGCGGUGAUUGAUUCUAAGGGGAGGCUCAAGGGGAGUAAUAAGAGGGAGAAGAAGUGUGAUAGCAACGGGAGGCUGAGGUGGAGGGAGAUUUGGAACGAGGGGACGGAUGCGGUGCUUGAUAUCCCGCUGGCGGGGGUUUGCGAGGUGCUGUACGGGGAGGGGAGGGAGGUUUCUGAUGGGGAGGAGGGGACAUGA